AUGAAAAAAAUUCACAUAUGGAAAUGCGAAAAUACAAAAACAUCGUUGGAAUAAAAAAUAGAGGAAUGCUUAAAUAUGUGUAUUUAUUCGUUUGUAAGGUUAUUUGCUUUAAAUAAAAGUAGAUAUGAAAUAUUAGUUAAAGCAUUGAACUCAUAAAAAUAAGAUAACAAUUACAAAAAAUACUAAGACAUUGUUAAUUUUUGCGCUGGUACUAUUGAACAAGUUUAUAAUGAUCCUUUACUAGAUGCAGUAUACGAUUCAACAUAAGAGAAGUAUUCUGAAAUUUUAUUUGAUUUAUUAAAAAAUUAUAUAUCAACAAAUCAUAAACUUGAUAAUUUUAACGAAAUAAUAAAUGCUAUGGAAUAAUAUUUCUAAAUAAACUUGCUUAUAUAAGAUCAUAAUUAUGACUUAAAAAUAGAUAAAUAAAUUGAUUUAUUAUUUUUUGAAUACAAUGAGUAUUAUUAUAUAGCUGUACAAACAGAAAAAAUGCACCCUGAAAUGAAAAAUUUAAUAUAAGUUAAAUAAGAAGAUAAAAUUUAAGUAGUGUAUACACCAGACAAGAUAAGUGCUAAAUGUACUUUUGUUUUAUUUUAGCUUUCUGACUGUUUUUCUGAAGCAAAAAUAUCAGAAAAUAAUGAUGAAUGUGAAGUAAUUGAAAAAAAAUAUGUUAAAAUUACUUUCGAAAUCGAAUAGUUGAUUUAAAGCUUUUUAUAUGAUAUUAUCAAAAAAAUAAUAUAAAAAAAUGAAGAAUUAAUACAAAUACAAGAAGGAAUUAACUAAAAUUUGAGUAAACAAGAAUUGAAGAAUAUUAUAUCUUAAAUAUAGGAAAGUAAAGAAUACAAAAAUUACUACGAAUAAUAUUUAAAUUUAGAUGAAAUUAGAUAAGAUAUUUCAAAAAAUUGCAAAAUUACUUUCCUUGAGGACAAAAAGUUAGAAGUUUUCUAUAAAAAUUUAUAAUUAUGCAACCAUUGCUUCAAAAAAAAAUUCCUAUCUUAUAUUUGA